AUGAUUAUCACACCGUCCCCAUUCACCCCUCUCACCAGAAGUAUCUCAAGUUUUGUUUCGACGGCGCUUUCUAUCAAUACACUUGUCUUCCUAACGGCCUUGCCAGUGCGCCUCGUAUUUUUCACAAAAUUACUCAAACCUGUCUAUGCUACACUUCACAGCAUGGGUCACUUAAAUUCGGGCUACAUUGAUGAUUCUUAUCUCCAAGGGGAUACUGUUGAGGACUGUCAACAAAACGUUGGAGACACUGUCACGUUAUUUACCAGACUAGGGUUUUUCAUCCAUCCAGAAAAGUUGGUUUUCGUUCCUACCCAGCGGUUGACAUUC